CUGGAGGGCUGGAGGAGCGUCUGUUUGGUCAGCUCUCUGGAGGGAUCACCCCACUUGGGCCCAGGAGCCACCUGGAGCUGGCACGCAGCAGGGACCUACGCAAAGUUUACUUCCAGUGGUGACUGUGAGCUCAGAGGUACGGCUGGAGGUCAGUAUUCUGAGGAAACGGCGGGUGAAGUGCAGACCCUGCCCAGUCCUGGAGGGCCACAGGGACUUUUCACCCCACCAACUGCCUUUGCCAGGCUGGAGUCCCCUCCCAUCCAUCCUGAUUCCUGCCCUGGGUCCCCCACAUUGGGCCCCAGUGAGCACAGCUCUGGGUACAGCAGUCCAUCUUGGGCCCUGCUGGACCCUGAGCACUUGGGCCCACCAAGCCAGCUCCCAGCAGAAGAAGGGAGUGAUCUCCGGGCCUUCCAGGGUUCCAGAACUCUAGACAGUGAGUCCCUGCUGGAGACCAGAGUCCAGGUUGGCACCUGGUCCCUGCCAACUGGACAAGAGCAAGAAGAGGGUGUGGGGGAGGAGUGCCCUAUCUGCACAGAGCCCUACGGGAUGGGCGAGCACCGCCUGGCCCUGCUGAACUGUAGACAUGGCCUGUGUGUGGGCUGCCUGCACCAGCUGCUGGGCACCGCCCCCAGCACCGACCUGGGCCGUGUGCGCUGCCCGCUGUGUCGCCAGAAGACACCUGUGCUGGAGUGGGAGAUCUGCCGGCUGCAGGAGGAGCUGCUUCAGGCUGACGGGCCCCAGUGCCCACCACCUCCCUCACCCCCAACACCUGCCCUUCGUGGCCCUGGGCCCUGGGGCUUCCUAGAACACCGCUACCAGCUGCGUUUCCUGGCAGGGCCUGUGGGUGGCCGGGGCUGCCUGCCCUUCCUGCCUUGCCCGCCCUGCCUAAGCACCUGGUUGUGGGCACUGCGGGAGCGUGGGCCCUGCGCCCGCCGCCUGGCACUGCUGAGCCUGCUAGUGCUUGAGCUGCUGGGGCUGCUGCUCAUCUUCAUGCCACUCAUGCUGCUGGGGCUGCUCUUCAUGCUCCUGGACCGCUCUGGCCGCUGAGCAGAACCCAGGCACUGGCCUUCAGUCCAGACCUACUGUCACUGAACCCAAGACCAGGACCCAGGGCUACCCAGAAGCCCGACUCUACCAGAAAGCCCCCUCCCCCCCCCCCCGCCCUCAUGACCCAACUCUGACGAGCCCAAGGACAUCAUGCCAAGGACAGCUGCUAGAGGAGGCCAGUCCAGCAGAAAUGUCUGUGAGCAGGGCCCCACAUGCUUGCAAGUGACAGUCUGGCCAUGGGCACACACUGGCCCACACCUCCACCUUCCAAGGUCCAACUGAGCAGGCAGAUGUGAAUGUGAACAGAGAUCUGGCAGUGAGUCUGUUCCCUGGAGAGGACAGGGGCUCACCCAUACUACAGGCCGGUGUGCAUCCCUGAAGGUCAGGGUGGCCAGCAGGAGGAGCCUGCACUGUACAUGCCCAACCUGGGCCAGGACCAGAGGGUGGUCUGGAGCAUCCAGGGUGCCACCACUAGAUGUGUGUUGCAAGGCACAAGGGCCCAUGCAGGCCCUGGAGCUUGAGGAGUGCCAGGCCAAAGCCCCUGCUCUGCCUGCCUGCACCACCUCCCACCUCCAAGCCUAAGGCCCUCACCUGAAAAGGGGGACAGCUGUGGCCUACCUCACAGCUUGUUGGUGAUGUAAUGUGAGACCCAGCACUGUGUGCUAAGUGCUGUCCUGGCAAAAGUGGUUCUCAAUAAACAGUAGCUGCUAAUA